GCGCAGUGCGCGGCCGCCGGGCUGCAGGCGAGGCGCGCGGCUGGUGGCGGAGCGCGGGGCUGCUGCUGCUGCGGGAGGGCCCCGGGGCGAGGGGAGCAUGGAGCGGCGGCCACCGGCUGCGGCCGCCGGGCUGGGCAGCGCCGUGCGUCGCCCGCCGCACUAAGGCGGCGACGAGCUCUGAGGCGAAGCGGGGCGGCGAGCCGAGCCCCGUGGCUGUGUGUGAGCGCGACUGAGGCGGCAGCGGCGGCUCUUCCCGGCGGGCUCCUCGAGGCUGUGCGGGGAGGCUGUGCACCUCCUCCCCUCGCCCGGGCAGAGGCGGGCGGUCGGGGCUCCCGCGCGGGCGGCAUGAGCGCGGCCCCCUGAGGGACCGGCGGAGCGGGGCUCGCCCCGAGCAGCCUCCCCGGGGGCCGCGGAUCGGGCUCGGCUGGGACCUGCCAUGCCUGCCCUGACUCCUCCCAUGGCAUGAGCCCGUGCUCUCCUCCCCUCUCCGCCUGCUUUUGGUCUUUCUCCGUUCCUGGGCUGUCAGAUGGGAUAACGCGCACCCGGGCGUGCGGGGCUCGGCGAGGGAGCGGUGGAGGUAACUGGUGACGGCCGUCGGCUCGCCCGGAGUCGAAGAUGAGCUGGCGGUGGGCUCGCCAGCACGGGAACGGCGGCUCCUCCGUCCUGUUGCUGCUGCUGCUGUGGCACUGCCGGGUCCGGCCGGCCGGCGCCGAUAACGCCAGCCAGGCGUACUACACCGCCCUCAUCAACGUGACGGUGCUGAGCCCCGAGCGCGGCGGCCCCACGCUGCUGAGGAUCGACCGCGGCCGCUACGGGCAGGAUUCCCCCAAGGUGGAGGUCAAAGGCCUGCUCGUGGCUCCCGUCCCCAUCAACGGAGUUGCAGAUCGCCUGGGCUGUGACCCUCGAACACGUUUCCAAGUUCCACCGAACACCAAGCAGUGGAUUGCUUUACUACAGCGAGGAAACUGUACAUUUAGAGAGAAAAUACUGCGAGCAGCUUCACAUAAUGCCACAGCUGUGGUCAUUUACAACAAUAUAUCCAGUGAAGAACCAGUUACAAUGACCCAUCAAGGGACUGGAGACAUUGUCGCUGUCAUGAUUACAGAAUCAAAGGUUAAGGAGAUCCUGAAUUACUUGGAAAAGAAUAUCUCUGUCCUGAUGGCAAUAGCAGUCGGGUCCCGUGUUCCUCCUAAAAACUUCAGUCGGGGCUCUCUAGUCUUUGUGUCAAUAUCAUUCAUUGUUUUGAUGAUAAUUUCUUCAGCAUGGUUAAUAUUUUACUUCAUCCAGAAGAUCAGGUACACAAGUGCACGUGACCGGAAUCAGCGUCGUCUUGGAGAUGCUGCCAAGAAAGCCAUCGGUAAAUUGACAACCAGGACAGUAAAGAAAGGUGAUAAGGAAACAGACCCAGACUUUGAUCAUUGUGCUGUCUGCAUUGAGAGUUACAAGCAGAAUGAUGUUGUUCGCAUUUUACCAUGCAAGCAUGUUUUCCACAAAGCCUGUGUGGAUCCAUGGCUUAGCGAGCACUGUACAUGUCCAAUGUGUAAACUGAACAUUUUGAAGGCACUGGGAAUUGUGCCAAAUGUGCCAUGUACAGAUAACGUAGCCUUUGACAUGGAAAGGCUCACCAGAGGCCAGCCAGCGAGCAGGCGAUCAGCACUCGGUGAUUUUGCCAAUGACAGCUCUCUCAGCCUGGAGCCCCUGCGCACCUCUGGGAUGUCACAGCUUCCACAGGAUGGGGAGCUAACGCCAAGGUCAGGAGAGAUCAACAUUGCUGUGACAAGCAGUCACUUCUUUCAUCGUAACUCUCUGUCCCCUCGAAGCCUGGUCUACGAGAGCGAGUUCUCAACCAUCGAGCCUGCCUUGGACAUGUAUGACGAGAACAAAACCUGAAAGGAAUCCAUGCUCCUUCCUGGCCCUUUUUCCGUUUUUUUCAUUUCUCAUUCCUAUUGUUGUGUACUCUUUCCAUGGAUCUCCUUUGUCUGAAGAAGAGCUGCUUUUUCCAGAACACGAACCCACCUUCUCGAUUGCAAAGAUGAAGACCAGCUAUGGUGGUUUCUGAGGGUGGCAUCUUUGAGCUGACAAAGAGUUGCGCACAAGCAAGGUUGUCUGAUGGAAAUUGCUGAGUAACAGCAUGAGGAGCUGUGUCGGUCCAGCCGCGGCGAUGCAGAAGAGGUUUUACAGUGGUCCUAAGAGUUUCUGUUGGACUGCAAAUGCGUCUCUUACACAGGUGUCUGCUGUUCCCAUUUUUUCCAAUUGUCCGGAUGGUUGGGCAAUGUCAGAAAGGGAACUGGUUGUAGAGGAGAUGGCCAGUGACUGGUAAAAGCACUCAUAUAUCUUGGUCAAUCCAUAAUCUUACUGUGAAAUAGCCCCUUCUAAAAGGGACCUUUAUAAGUGCAUUGAGUUUCCUACAACCCACGUAACCCCGGAUAAUAGCAGGCCAGUCUGACAUUAAAGCUGCGGAGAGGACCUGCAUUUGCAGAAAGAUUUCAAGGAACUUGAUGCUUGGAUUUUUUUCUCUGAUUUGAUUGAAGCAGAAGAAUGGUCUACACAGAAUAUACUUUUGGUCGUUCCGUGUGCUCAAGUCAAGUGAGUCUCUUCCUAUAGAGAGGACAUUCACAGAACCAGCACUUGAUCUACCUGAAAACCAUAAGACUUUUUGAAAUAUGCAGGAAUCUAAUUAACUUUCUUUCUCACUUAACCUUUUUCUUUGGGGGGGGGAGGAGGGAGGGUGGUGGUUUAAAAAAAUCCACCGACUUUUUCACUGAGGUUUUUUAAAAGCCAGCAUGUUGGCAUUACACAGAGAAGAAAAGAGGUAAGCUUCUUAUCCCGUCCUCCCAUUGAGGUCUGCAACAGUUAAAUGACAAACACGUUCUCUAAGCUGUGCCCUUUCCCACUGACAUCAAUAACGGGAAUGCAGAAAGCAGCAGAAGAAAGGAAAGCAGCAACCGCUUUGAAACGCUGCAGGAAAAAUCAGUUUUUACUGAUGUAUGACAAAAGCAGUGGUGAAAUGAAUGUUGUUUGCAAGCUUCUGAAAGAGUAAUGCAGAAAUGGAGAGCGAGAGAGGAACCUCUUGAGUUAAGUCAUCCACAGUGUUCCUCAAAUGAGCAGACAUGGAGGAGCGAGUGCUUCUGCUCCACCUUUUCCUACCGGACAAUGCAUAGCUGUUUAAUGAAUGUUUGGAUUUUUCUCCAUUGCAGUCUAAGUUACUGUAGGUGUAGAAACGCAUUUGUGUCCUUGUAAUGUGAAACAAAGCUUCACCUUCUGUAUAGGAAUCUUGAGAAAUCAGUUAAGCCAAAAAAGAAAGGUAAGACAUAACCUUGACGCACUUUCAUUUCAUCCGCUUUCACUACAAGUGGGGGAAUUUCCCCUCCUUUAUUAUGUUUUUCAGUUGUAUAGCUGUCUGCUUGACGUAUAUCCUUACCUGAAGUAUGGUUUGGCUGUGUCUUUAACAGGGAUGUUUAAGAGAAAAAGAAAAACCCAGCUCUGCAAAAUGAGGAAAUGAUCCUCUUCACCGAGCUUGCUUUGACUUUUGUUGCUGUGCGUCAGCUUUAUUUAAUCAGAUAAUUCAAGAGUGGGUGGUGUAAAGUGUAGGGAGGCUUUUCUCAUAAUACCCACAUUUAUAUUUACCAAAUGCACUUUUAUUGUCAUUCAGCCCACUCUAGAAAUAUGCUUAAACCCCAAAAACUUUUUAAGAGCACAAUUUUAACACCCACUUUCUCCUACAAAGCAGAAGGGAAAGUUGCAGAAAAUGCGAGCCGGUGGUUUGAGCGGCACCAGGUCGUGGUCAGCAUCCUUCCUCUUUUGCAGAUGUGCAAAUGGGGGCAGCUCUCAACAGCAUCAGCAAGCCUGGGCAGAGCUCCCAAACCCAGCCUGGCUGAGCUGCACUCAGGCCCAUACAGGGCUCGGCGGUGGCAGAAGGGCUGAUUGAGCAACCCCUGUUUUCAUAAUCCCAUCUGCGCAAUCACAGCAGGCAGACACGUGAGAGCGGGGCCUUCCGAAAACAAACACCCAAGAGAAAAAUCACCUUCUCCCAAGGAUGUUACAGGCUUGUUGUUAUCCGUGGUGGGCAGCCAGGUUACAAUAAACCAACAAACACCUGGGUGUUCGUGGUUAAACACGUAAAUCUCUGGGUGUCCACAACAAGCAAGUGUCCCGUGCACAGUGCAGAGCUCCCCAGUGGGGUUUGGAGUAGGACAGCCUGGUGUAGCACUGUGCAGGGUGCAAAUGCUCAGAGUAAAUCCUUCUUGUAGGGGCUGCCUGAGCCCAAUGCAGGGAUUUGCCCCAAGGCCACUGGGCAUAGUUUUGGCACGAAAACAAAACUGAUGGUGAUAGUUUCUCAGCUGUGACUGAGACCAUUUGCACCAGUCAUGUACCAGAGUGUCCAGAAAAGCUAGAAAAGACAUGGAAAUUAAAAGAAACAUUAGAAAGUACAAAGGCCCCAGAGACAAAAUGGUAAAUAAUGUCAUUUUCAUUUUGCAAAAUCUUAUUUCUAUCCUACCAUCCUGGCUUUUAGCAGGGGGAGGGAAGGUUUGCCUCUGUGGAGAUCGGGGUCUGGUAUAGUGAUAUAGAAAUAGAUUUGUGCUGGAUAAGGGAGCUGAUGAUUCUAAUUGACAUCCUGGAUUUGGAAAAUCUAUCAACACUGUAAAAAUUAAAAGCUAGUUCAGACAAUUGAUCCCUACGUGCGUGCUGGGACGUGCCAUAGCGGGCGUUCUUCUACUUAGUCAUAUUCAAGAUGGGGAGGAGGCACCACAGCAACAUGGGUGACUUUUCUGGGCUGUGCUGGUAAGUUUGAGGUUUUCCUUUUAAUAUUAAUCAGUAUAUAAAAAAAGCUUGACGGGCAUUGUUGUUCGUGUUCUGCUGCAGUGGUGCUGUGUAUGGUUGAGUCAUUUCAUAGAAGUAAAAUAUACUGCAAUCUACCAAGAAAUGUAAGUGCCAGUAACUUGGGAAAUCAGUUCCAAGGUUAAAAAAAACCCAGUGCUUUUUAACAGAAAACAUUAAUUUUAUGACUUUUACAUAUAGAUAUAUAUAAAAAGCUUUUAUCUCCAAGCGUUUCCCUAAAAUAUUUAAACUCUAGCACUUCACCUUCUCUUUCCUGGCCUCCUGUUCUAUGAGAGUUUUGCAUGUUCCCGUAAGACAUUUGUAAAAUCAAGGUUUGCUUGUGUUCUUAGAGGAUAAUUGCCAGUAAAAAAGAAACAGACUGUAAAUGUGCUUUUUACCUAUAAUACUAACAGUAAGUAUUAAAAUUGAAGCAUGUUAAAAUUUACUUAAUGACACUUAUGAUUACUCUCUCCAGUGAGCUCAUGUGUUGGUAUCUGCACUAUCCCCCUGCUUCUAGGAUGCUUGCCUUGGCACCUGAGGAUGCUAUAGGAAUAGCCAGAUAUCGUACAUAAGCCAAAAAAAGACCAAAAAUAGUUAAAUAAAUGUGUUUAGGACUAUGUUAUGAGACUUUUACACAUCUCCUGUUCUCUUUAAACACACUCAUGUAAGACAGUGCAAAGGCUUGAGAGAGCCAAGAGCUUUACCAGCUACUGAAAAGCAGAGGGAAGUCUGCAGGAGGCAAGAGUCACACUGAGGCUCCAGGACUCAUUUAGCCCAAUUUAGGUUUGAGAUAAUGCCACAGUCAUAGUUCAUGAGCUGAAGAAUGAAGGCACCAGGGUUGAGCUGAAGUACAAGCAGCUCUGUAGCCUGAUUACUGGGGGGUGAGUUAACUUGAUUGUUGAAAGUAUGUAUUGUUUUGCUUAGCUAAUAAUCAUCUGGGUUUUACAACAAAGUAAACAUCAUGGCAAUGCACAAGCCAAGGCACAGUGGGCAAAUAAAAGAGCCACGGGAGUGCUGCCAGCCCUGUGGGGUGGGGAGAGAAGGGCAGGAAACGCCUUGAACUUCCCAAGUGAAGCUUUCGCUCCUUUUUCACUCUGUGUUACACAUCCAUAGGUGACCUAAUUUUCCAACCUGAGCAGUGCAGAAGAGCGCAUGAUGUGCCAUGACAGCUUGCAUAUGUGCUGUUAUAUUUAAAGAUGCCUUCGCUUUUUCCUUGCUGCACCGCAGGGUACUGCUGUGAGGGCAGCCCGUGCUCUGGCACACAGGGUGGAAACUGCUGAGCAGGGGAGGGAUGAGAGAGGAAAAGAUGCUCCAGUUAACCAGAUUGGGGGAAAAUCAGGAGAAGGGUAGAGUGUACUUCUGCAGGUUGGUGCUCAUUUCUGCUUUCUUUCCAAUGUCUCUGGAAUAAUCAAGAGGAAAGGUAGUACUCUGCACCGCUUCCUCAUGGGAUGCAGUGACAACAGUGGGGCUCUGGCUGGGAUUUUGCUCCCAGCGCAGGGUCAUGGUGCUGUGUAACCCCCAGUCAGUGACGUCCUGACCUGAUGGCCAAAACCCUGACCUCACUGGGGCCCAUAAGGCUUAUCUGGUGCAUGUGCAGUGCUUUGGGGGGUGAAACCCACUCGCAUGAGCCUUUGCAAAGCAGCACUAAUUGACACCAUUUAUCUAUGUCAGUUGUUAGAUCCUUUCAUUCGCCUACUCUUUCUAAAAGCCUGCAGUGUUCCCAAAUACUCUUAAUUCGCCCCAAUUAAUCUCUGCCCUUCCACCCCAUUGAUUACUACUGGUUUCCUCCUCCUCUGGAGAGCCAGGUGAAGGUCACCAUUGUGCAGGCGCUGCCUGGCCUCCAGUGUGUUCUUCAUCACCGUGCUGUCACCAUGCCAGCCAGCCCCUUGAAGGGGAUUCAUCGGUUCAAACCAGCAGCAUGGUCUGUAGGAGCAUGGAGAUUCCUGGUGGUUUGGUUUCGACCAAAGCAGGCUGUGUGGGUCACGGGUGGUUGUUGUGGGAUGCUGGUUCAGUGGGUCCCUGCAUGGAGCAUCCUUUCGCUAGCCUGCUAGCCGCAUGGAGGUGCCCAAAUGAACAGAGAUGGAUGUGUAGGUUGUGCAAUAAUGUCUGAAUAUUUAUUCUUUUUAUGGCAAUAAUGUCUAGGGUCUCUGGGCAUGGGUGCACUGUGGUGUAAGGUGUUGCCCAAAAAUAGUCCCUUUCCUAAAGAGUUAAUAAUUAAGUAUUAAUAUUAGUGCAAAGUAAGAAGUAUAUAGGGUUUUAUUGUAAGUUGAAACUAUUUAGAGUGGUUUUGUUGCAAGGCUGAUUACUGGGGGGGGGGGGGGGCGAGUUAAUGUAAUACAGCUGGGACUGGGGUUUCACAGCCCAAAAAUCUGCUGGAUAUGCAUGUAAAGCUCCCUUGCUCCUGCAGGGAAUGGGCUAUUCCCUUCUCGCAUCCACCUGCAGCUUGCUGCGGCUGAGCUCUUCAGGAGCAAGCAGCUUUUUAGUCUUUGCCCUGAGCUCAGCUGCACGUGUUUGCUGCAUCGUUUGCCUUUUGUGUGCUGCCUCUCACGUGCUCCAGGGCUCGCCUUGGCUUGGCUCUGACUUGGUCUUCAAUUGCCCAAACCUCUCCUAGGACAAGAGCCAUUAAUUCCCAACAGAGCAGCUCUGCUGGGUUGUGGUAAUGGCAUCAGAUCGCUAGAUUUGCUCCUGAUCUGCCAUGCCUGUGUCUGUAACACCCUCUGGCUGUCUCGGGCAGUAAAGGCUGUAUCUGCCCACAGCCUUUGCAUGUACCUGGGCUGCACUGGAAGGAUCUCACAGGAAACAGCUCAACAGCUCAGCUCAACCCUCCCAUGUUCCAGUACAGGGAAGUCUGGGCUUAAAAUUAGAGCGGAUGAUCUUUGCUGCUCCCAAUCCAGGAACGUUUAGUAGGGCAUUUGGGGCUGCUAAAGCAAAGCUCCAGUUUGCAGCUUUGUGCAUUUCCUGCACUGCAGCCAGCAAGGCAGCAUCCCAGCCUGUCACUAGGCAGGGCUCACUUUGUGCCAGUGCGGGAACGUGCUCCAUGAAGAAGCCUUCUCAGUUGCCACCACAUCAGCAGGUAGACGUUUUCCACCCUGUAUGUCUAGACUUAACUCCUAGCAGUGGUAAGAUCUGUCAUGCUAAUCCUAUAAAGAGGAAUAACUCUGAGCAAACUGAGUGAUAGCAUCAUUCUUCCGCUUACCCAGUCAGGCCUGCUGCAGUCUGCAAGUAGAUGUUAAAUAGUAAACGCUUCUCUGUAUGACCAUGCCUGUUCAGGAUCACCUGCUCAAGGCCAUGGCUAACUAUGCAUAGAAUACACCGAAACCAGAUCAUUUCAUCCCAGCAGAGAGGGGACACGGAAGUCUUUGGGCCUUUGGGUGUGAGAGACUGCAGCAAACAACAGAAAGAACAAAUUGCCUGCAUGUAAAAUGAAGUCUCUUUCAACUGGCUUGCUGCAAGGUGGACCACACCAGUGUGAUCACACAACCUGAAAAUGCCAGCGGCUACCAGGGGUCUGGCCAAGCGAUGGGGACACUGCAGAGGCACAGGCACAGCGGGUGGUGCAGUGCCCUCCAACAGUCAGAUCCUCACAGCCCUUGUGAAACUGUAGCUUGACAGCAGCAGAACUUCUUGACAUGUUUUGAUGUAAGUAUAACACUGUAUUGUAGUUACGUGGUAUAUGCCAAUAUGUUAACAGUGUAUACCGGUUAGUUAGGGUUUACUAAUGUACUACAUUUCAAUAAAAAGCAAUUUAAAAAUA